GUCUUUCUCCAUAAAAAUAUAUGACCCCUCAUUUCCUCCUUUUCAAUUCACAUUACACCAUCUUUAACUUUUCAUUUCCCAAUGCCAAAUUCUUAUCCCUUAAAUUUCUACAAGCCUUCGUCGUCAUCGUGAUAUAGAAUCUUGUAGAUCUUCAUCAGUCUUCUUAAUAAGCCUUCAUUUUGUUGUUUUUUUGUUUAAAGAAAAAAAAAAACUUUUUCCCUCGGGUUUUUGGUUUGGAAGUGUAGGAGAAGAUGAUGAGUACGAUGAGUUCUCCGACAAGUAGUCCAAGGAAAGAGAUGAAGGACAAGGAAACAAUGUUUCAUGUGAUUCACAAGGUUCCUUCUGGUGAUGGUCCUUAUGUUCGAGCUAAACAUGCUCAGUUGGUGGAAAAGGAUCCAGAAGCAGCAAUCGUGUGGUUUUGGAAGUCUAUAAAUGCAGGAGAUAGAGUGGAAAGCGCCCUAAAGGACAUGGCAGUGGUGAUGAAGCAGCUGGAUCGAGCUGAAGAAGCCAUUGAAGCUAUCAAGUCUUUUAGGGGACUUUGCCCUAAACAAGCCCAAGAAUCACUAGACAAUGUUCUUAUUGACCUCUACAAGAAAUGUGGAAGAGUGGACGAACAAAUAAUGUUGCUAAAGCAGAAGCUGCGGAUGAUUUACAUUGGAGAGGCAUUCAAUGGAAAACCCACAAAGACAGCGCGCUCUCAUGGCAAGAAAUUUCAAGUAUCUGUUCAACAAGAAACUUCAAGAAUAUUGGGAAACUUGGCGUGGGCGUACAUGCAAAAAUCGAAUUUCAUUUCAGCAGAAGUGGUGUAUCGCAAAGCGCAAAUGAUCGACCCGGAUGCAAACAAAGCAUGUAACUUGUGCCAUUGCUUAAUCAAACAAGCCCGAUACGACGAGGCCCGAUUGAUUCUAGAGGAUGUGUUGCGAGGGAAGCAUCCGGGCUCUUCAGACUUGAGAACUCGGGCUCGGGCCGAAGAGUUGUUGUCGGAAAUUGAAUCGAAGCAGCCUCCGGUGUUGGUUCAACCGGGGUUGGAACCGGAAGAGUAUGAUUUUGCGGUUGAGCUUGAGCGGUUAUUGAGUGCUUGGGCUCCUCCAAGAACAAGAAGGCUUCCAAUCUUUGAAGAGAUCACCCCUUUUCGAGAUCAAAUGGCUUGCUAGCCCUUUUCCUCUUUUUUUUUUCC